CAACGUGACAUCAUUAUACUCGGAGACGUUCGUGGUUCGUUAGUGACUCCCGUAGUAGGAAGAAAAUAAGUCCGAAGAAGAUCGGUAUAUAAAAGGACCCCACGCGGAGUGCGCCUCUCCUGCGUAAGGCCCAGUGCUAAGAAGCGAGAUUGGCUGGGGCUCUAUCCCCACUCCUUAACCUUCGCCUCCUGCAGAGACAUCGGAAGAAAAGUGCAUCGCCAAGCUCUGCCGGUAUCAACAGCACAGAGAGGAGACUGAAGUCGCGCAGAGUUUCGUGAGGUCAAGGAGUGGGGUUCCCCCGUAUAUGGGAAUGAGAGCAUUGCCCGAAGUACCAGCUGUAUAUAUAUAUAUAUGUAUAUAGUAUAACAAAGCAGUGAAAUAACUUCUUGGAAAGUUUCGACCGAACUUCGCGCAUCUAUCGCUUGGUUUAUUCUACGAGAGUAACAGACAGUAUCGUUUGAUUUAUUUCAUUUAAUGACAACCGGAUGAGACGAAUCAUGCUUGGACGUCUUUUCAUUGGUUUUCUACUAGCGUCUUUGGCUGAUGCCGCGACCAUCAGAGGCGCCAGUGUUAAAUCUGGUGACCUUUGCGACAGUCAAAUUUACUGCCAGGGCGAAUUGCUCAAAACCAUUCAACUGGCCAGACUGUACGAAGACAGUAAAACGUUCGUCGACAUGUCCCAGUUGCACGAUCCGGAAGUGACUCUCAGCAACUUUCAGAAAUUAAUGAAGGAAACAAACAACAAUCCCAAUGCCACUCAGCUGCGAGAAUUCAUAAAGGAAAACUUCUCGGCGGAAGCUGAACUGGAGAACUGGAGCCCGACCGAUUGGACGAAGAGUCCAAAGAUUCUGAAUAGGAUACAGGAUCCGAAUUUCCGUGAGUGGCUGGAGGACUUAAACCUGAUCUGGAAAAAAUUAUCGAGGAAGGUGAAGAAGGAGGUGUCUGAAAAUCCAAGUAGACACAGUCUGAUAUACGUAGAAAAUGGAUUCAUCGCACCUGGAGGAAGAUUUACAGAAUACUACUACUGGGAUAGCUACUGGAUUAUAGAGGGUUUAUUACUCUCGGAUAUGCACCAGACGGCCAAGGGGAUGAUCUUGAAUUUUCUUUACUUGGUCAAAACUUACGGCUUUAUUCCAAACGGUGGUCGCGUCUACUAUCUCAUGAGAAGUCAGCCACCCCUUCUUAUCCCCAUGGUCGAUAGAUAUUUGGAGUAUACGAACGAUCAUCGAUUCCUCUACGAGAUAAUCGGGAUUCUGGAAAAAGAAUUUGCAUAUUGGCAACGAGAUCAUGCGAUAGAAGUAGAAAAGAAUGGCGUUACAUACAAAAUGUCAAGAUAUAUAGUGAGUAGCGACGGACCAAGGCCAGAAAGUUAUAGCGAGGAUUACGUACUGGCUCAGGGUAAGAGUGAGGAUGAACGAAAUUCUUAUUACGAAGAUAUCAAGGCUGCUGCAGAAAGUGGAUGGGAUUUUUCGGCACGAUGGUUCAUUACUAGUAAUGGUGCUAAGGGUAAUCUCACUAACAUGGCUACCAGAUAUAUAAUCCCCGUUGAUCUUAAUGCAUUCCUUCAAAAGAAUGCACGACUACUUAGCGAAUUUCAGCUAAAACUUGGCAACAUUGCGAAGUCACGAUACUACGAGGACAUAGCCAAGGAAUAUCAAGUUGCCAUUGACAAUGUUUUAUGGAACGAAGAAAAGGGUAUCUGGCUAGACUAUGAUAUCAAGAACAAGAAACAAAGGGAUAUCUUCUACCCCACGAACUUGACACCUCUGUACACUAAGAGCUACGAUAUAUCAAGAUCAAGGGAGUAUGCAGAUAAGAUGGUCAAUUAUCUAAACAGCAUUGGAAUUAUCGACUACAUGGGUGGCACUCCAACGUCCUUGGACCCGACCGGAGAACAAUGGGACUACCCUAAUGCCUGGCCACCCCUACAGUCCAUCAUCGUUAAGGGUCUGCACGAGACAGGGUGGGAACCUGCAACCAGUCUGGCCAAAGAAUUGGCGACUAGGUGGCUUCGUGCAAAUCAUGCUGGUUUCCUCACGUAUGGUCAAAUGUGUGAAAAGUACGACGCGGUGAAACCUGGCGAAUGUGGAGGAGGUGGAGAAUAUCAGGUUCAAGCUGGGUUUGGAUGGACCAAUGGCGUAGUCUUCGAAUUAUUAGAUUUAUAUUCGUCAGUGACGUCGACCGAUUCUGAAACUAUCGUUGCUUGCAAGGAUUGCGUCGACAGAUAAAUUGGUGGCGAGCAACCUCACAAAAGGCAUCAUCCUAAGUAUUAGUCCCGCACGAGUCUAGUCCUCGAGGAAGCAUCGAAAUUUCUUAGUGAGGAGUAAAUAUGUAACUAUGUUAUUGUACAUAUAGUUGGUACAUAUGUAUACAUAUGUACGGACCGCGAUAACCUCAAGUCGCUUUAGAACCAGCGACAAUGACGUAUGAAUACUUAACGGAGAGAGGCUUUGAAUUUCAUUCGUGGAAUUCGUGUUUCUGUUGCACGAUUCAUUUAGCUUGUGUGUAGCUCGACAAUAAAGUAAUAAUAGCAGUAGCAGAGUGCGGUAAAGAAAAUAAAAUAAGACCAAAAGGAUAAGGACCUAACCUUGCACGUUAUUGGACGCCUUUGUCAGUAUUGUAGAGACGUUAAUGUUAAUUUUAAUGGCAAUUGUGAAAUGAUUAAGGCGUUAAGGUAUAAACGACAAAAAAAUAGGUAGGGAUCUUCGUCUUGAGAGAGUAAAGUGGGAGAUUUGGGCAAAAAUAUAAUUUAUUCUUAGGA